AUGACCAUUAUGGUUCAGAGAAGUUUACUGCAAAUUUGCAUGAUAAUGGCAUUGUACAUCAAAAUCUCACGUUCAGUUUGUCUUUUCCAAGGAAACAAAGUGAACUACCAUAUCAUGAACUUUCUGUGGAAAAUGGGUGGUUAUUUUCCCCAGCAAUGUCUCAGCGAAACAACUGAUUUCAGAUUCCCUGUAGAGAUUAUCAAGGUCACAGAGAAGAACAUCAUAAGGAUCAUCUAUGAAUUUCUUCAACACAUCUUCCAACUAUUUAGCAAAAAUGUUCCUGUUGAUGUUUGGAAUACAAGCAAGAUUGAGAGCUUCCAAAAUGGAAUUCAUCAUCAAAUUGAAGAACUGGAGACAUGUUUGUCAGAAGAACAAUCAAAAGCAAGAAACAGUUUUCAAACAUGGAUCCUAAAAAGCUCGACAUAUAGCAUAAAAAAGUACUUUCAAAGAAUCACCAAUUUCUUAAAAGAUAAGCAAUACAGCCAUUGUUCCUGGGAAGCAGUUCAAAUGGAACUGAGAACAUGUCACAGAAUUUUUGACAGUCUUUUGAAAAAAAAAACUACAUAA